AUGCCCAUCUCUACCGUCAACGACUCCAUCUCUGAGUCUUCAGUCCACAAGUCUUCCAUCCCAACAAAGGUCGAGAUGAGCCAGAAUGAAAAGUACAGCGAGGCGCCCAGUGAGGCACCCACAAUCCCACCCCCACCUGAGCAGUAUGCUUGGAGCAGAAUUAGGGAGAACUGUCAGGAUGCCUUUUCGGAAUUCUUUGGCACCUUCAUUCUUCUUCUCUUUGGUGACGGUGUCGUUGCCCAGGUAGUUCUCAGUCGUGGGACAAAGGGUGAUUAUCAGAGUAUCUCAUGGGGAUGGGGUCUUGGUGUCAUGCUUGGAGUGUAUGUCGGAGGUAAAUCAGGUGGUCACUUGAACCCAGCUGUGACUCUGGCCAAUUGUCUGUUCAGAGGUCAUCCCUGGCGAAAGUUCCCCGUGUAUGCCGUCGCCCAAGUCCUGGGUGCCAUGGCUGCUGCAGCCGUCGUGUACGGCAACUACAAGUCUGCCAUUGACGCCUAUGAAGGUGGUCCUGGUAUUCGUACCGUGAUUGGCGAGAACGCGACCGCUGGAGUGUUUUGCACGUAUCCUGCUGAAUUCAUGACACGGACUGGCAUGUUCUUUUCCGAGUUCAUUGCCAGUACGAUUCUGCAGUUCGUCAUCUUUGCCAUGGCGGACAGCGCCAACAUUGGUGCUGGUCCAUUGAUGCCACUGGGUCUGUUUUUCUUGAUCUUCGGUAUCGGCGCUUGCUUCGGUUGGGAGACAGGAUAUGCCAUCAACUUGGCUCGUGAUUUUGGUCCCCGUUUGGUUUCGUAUAUGCUCGGAUACGGGAGUGAAGUGUGGUCUGCUGGCGGGUACUAUUUCUGGAUCCCUAUGGUAGCUCCAUUCCUUGGCUGUGCUUUUGGUGGCUUUCUGUAUGAUGUGUUCAUUUACACUGGACCCAGUCCUAUCAACACGCCCGGCAUGGGUUUUGGUCGUCUCGUGAGCCCUCGUCGGUCGACUUGGUCUAACACGUACAACGCAAACUCCCCAGUAUAG